AUGCCUCGUUAUGAUGAUCGAUAUGGCAAUACACGCCUAUAUGUUGGUCGUUUGGCUUCACGCACGCGUUCACGUGAUCUGGAACGCCUUUUCAGCAGAUAUGGCAGAGUACGAGAUGUGGACAUGAAGCGAGAGUUUGCAUUUGUUGAAUUUAGUGAUCCUCGAGAUGCUGAUGAUGCCAGAUAUAGCUUAGAUGGUCGGGAGUUUGAUGGAACUCGUCUUAUUGUUGAAUUUGCAAAGGGGGGACCGCGUGGUUCCCGGGAAUAUCUGGGAAGAGGUCCUACUCCUGGGUCUGGUCGUUGCUUUAAUUGCGGUAUUGAUGGCCACUGGGCUCGUGAUUGCAAGGCUGGGGACUGGAAGAAUAAAUGCUAUCGCUGUGGAGAAAGAGGUCAUAUAGAAAGGCAGUGCAAAAAUAGUCCCAAGGAGUUAAGGCGUGGGCGGAGUCGUUCACCUGGAUCACGUUCGCCUCGCCGUGGGAGAAGCCGUAGCCCAAGUUACAGCCGAAGCCGCAGCUAUAGUCGAUCAAGAUCCCCAGUAAGGAGAGGGAGAAGCCGAAGCCUGGAUCGGUAUGACAGAUCACUGAGCCCUCCUUACAGGAAGAGUCCACCGCCCUCAAAGGGGAGGAAGCACAGCCUUACACCUGAUGAAGGCAGCCCCCAUGGGAGAGGUAGCCCUUCUCCCAGAAAUGGUAGACUCAGCACAGAGCGAGAUGGCUCAGACUACAGUCCCAGGGGAAUUAGUAGAAGUCCAGUUAGCCCCAGAGGGAAAAGCAGAAGCCCGAGUAGCCCUGGAAGGGAUAGCCCUACUGUUGGGAAGUACCCGAGCCCUACCGAAGCUAAUGGUCGCAGCCCCAGUCCAAGGGACGAUAGGAGCCCUGUUGAUUAUGAGGAUGGACGCAGUCCGUCACCCUAG